AUGGAUUACAUACACAGCUUGAUUGUUAUGGAGGAUGACCUUGACGAAAACAAUGACCUUGGGGAGUUUUCAACAGAAGAACCAGCUACUCAAGGACCCAGUGACUUGGAAAACCAGGAGCCAGAAGAUGAUCCUAUGGUGGAUAGUGUAGCAGAUUGGUGUGUUUGUGGCAAAUGUCGUCCUAUGCCACAAGAAAUUGAGAAUAAGUGUUGCAAUUUGAGAAAAUGUAUUACACUGUCUUCUCGAUUUACAAAGUUGUGCCUGGACCCUGAUGUGCUAGAGUUGUGCAUCAGGAAUACAAGUGACAUCAGGAAUGACCGGGAAGAUAAUAGCACCAGGGCUUUUCGCAAAGCUGCUUAUCGACAAUUUAUUCUUGCCCGUCAUGGUCAUCUUGGGAAAGGAAACAGACGAGUGUGCCCAUCAUGUGUCGUGCUGAAAAUAAGGGAACGUUUUCCUUCUGUCACAGGGGUUUAUAUGGGGUAUAAGGAACACUAG